UAACAGCCCCCGACAGAGCUCAACCAUCAACAGUCAAUACCGCUUCCUGACGUCUCUCUCUGUGUCUGAAGGCCCGUGACCUGCCGUCUCUCUCUCUCUCUCUCUCUCUCUCUCAUUCUCCACUUCACUCGAUCGAAGAGGACGGACGGAGGUCCCGACGUCUCGGGCUGCCGCCGCCAAUGGCGUCUGUCCAGUUCCAGUGAAAGUACAACCAAUGAAACCGAAGGCGGCUGCCGCGGCACUACACGCCAAUGGCGUGUUGUCGUCGCCCAGGUCAUCUCCGCCACCGCAACCAAACCAGAACGGCCGAAGCAGCAGCUACUGCAAGCUAAUGCUUUGGAAGGAGGCCCCGGCGGCGACCCAGAGGUGGAAGGUCCCGUGGUCGCUGGUGUGCGGUGUGAUGCUGUUUGCCUUGGGCUUGAUUUCGCUCUUCACCGGGCACGUGGCCUCUGAUCUCGACUGGUACUCCCAGAAAUUGGUGGGCAGAGGCUUCUACUCUUCAAUGGUCGGCCGUCACUAUGAACCGACUGAUAUCUGGAAGUCCAAGUACUCGAAACUCUACCGUGGAUGCAGCAAGAGAGGCCCCAAUUUCCAUUCUGCUGUACGUGAGCGAUCUUCAAAUGGCUAUUUACUUAUUGCAGCUAGUGGAGGACUUAACCAACAGAGAACAGGAAUAACAGAUGCAGUCGUCGUUGCACGGAUUCUUAAUGCUACGCUAGUGGUACCCGAGUUGGAUCAUGAUUCCUACUGGAAAGAUAACAGUGAUUUCAUGAACAUCUUUGACGUUAAUUGGUUUAUUUCUUCUCUCGCAAAAGAUGUAACUGUUGUCAAAAAAGUUCCUGAUAAAUUCAUGCGAUCCAUGGAGAAACCACCAUACACCAUGCGUGUCCCAAGGAAAUCUCCCCCCGAAUAUUAUUUAGAUCAAGUUCUUCCUAUACUCUUGAGGAGACAUGUUGUGCAACUGACAAAAUUCGACUACAGACUCGCGAACGAUCUUGAUGACGAACUACAGAAGCUGCGAUGCCGAGCUAACUAUCAUGCUUUGAGGUUUACAAAACCAAUCAAUCAACUUGGUCAGAAACUCAACACAAGGAUGCGCAAGGUGGCGAAACGUUACGUUGCUGUUCACUUGAGGUUUGAACCUGAUAUGCUAGCAUUCUCUGGGUGUUAUUAUGGUGGUGGGGAAAAGGAGAGAAAUGAGCUUGCUGAAAUAAGGAAACGAUGGGUUACGUUACCGGAUCUAAGCGCUGAGGAGGAGCGACAGAGAGGAAAAUGUCCACUUACCCCCCAUGAGGUGGGUCUGAUGCUGCGGGCACUUGGUUUUACUAAUGACACAUAUCUCUAUGUUGCAUCUGGUGAAAUUUAUGGUGGAGAAGAGACUCUGCGGCCUCUGAAAGAACUGUUCCCAAACUUUUACACGAAGGAGAUGCUCGCUGGCGAAGAGUUGCAGCCUUUUCUACCAUAUUCUUCAAGGCUUGCGGCCAUUGACUAUAUUGUUUGUGAAGAGAGUGAUGUUUUUGUCACCAAUAACAACGGAAAUAUGGCAAAACUUCUUGCGGGUCGGAGGAGAUACAUGGGGCAUAAGAGGACCAUCAGACCAAAUGCUAAGAAGCUCACUGCGUUGUUUCUGAAAAGGAACCGGACCUCCUGGAAUACCUUCGCCAACAAGGUGAGGUAUUAUCAGAGAGGUUCUAUGGGAGAGCCUAAUGAAAUGAAACCAGGAGAUCGUGAAUUCCUUGAAUAUCCCUUCUCCUGUAUCUGCAAGAAACCACGGAGGAACGAUGCCAAGAACAGCACUGUCGACAGUGGAGAUGACCGUUCUAAGCAAAGUUGGGACUGAGCUGGUGGCAAAGACUUGAACAUAGAUGAGAGCAUCGAAGAUGCCAGGACUGAAAUGUUUCGUGCCCAUCUGACAUUAAGCAGCUGCGCUUAGCCCCAGUCAUUGCUCUCGGAGCUAGUGGGAAUGUUCCGGACUUGAUCUCAAGCUUCUUGAAGACGGUAUUUAUCGAUCUCUCUCUCUCUCUCUGGGAGAUUGCAGAUUGAGACACGAAGAUCGAUGGAUACAUGGAUCAUCUGAUACUGCAAAUUUCCACGGUGAGUUUGCUAUACUUACAUAGACCAGUGGCCCUAACACUGAAAACUCCUCUGUACAGCUUAAUUCGAUUGCACUGACUUGUUCCCAAUUUUGGAUCACAUCUGCCCUUCUCAUCUCCGAUUCUUCAUCUGUUGUAAACUUUAUAAUUAUAUAUCUAAUAUGUGUGAUUUUAGUGGAACCAACUGAAAACAGUCA